AUGGGUGUCAAAACACGCCGUUCCAAAUCGCCGAAACGAGACGGACUCUCCAUCUCGACGAGCGGCCGUGAGAACGGUUCCCUAAACGGCGACAUGGAUAACACCGAAUACCGCCGCAAGACGGCCCAGAAACUCGACUCGAGCCAGAUCGCUGGCAACCUCAUUGCGCGCGAAUCCUUUACUCUCGACGAUCCCGUUCCCAAGACCCCGACCGUGAAUAACCAUGGCUUCUGGGAGCUCCCCAAGCAAGACCAAAAGAACUUUGGGCUGCUCGUCCUGCUCUACUUUUUGCAGGGCAUUCCCAUGGGCCUGGCGCAUGGCUCCGUGCCAUUUCUCCUGAAAGAGCACUUGUCCUAUGGCGAAAUCGGAAUUUUCAGCUUGGCCGGCUACCCAUACUCGCUCAAGCUGCUAUGGAGUCCCAUUGUGGACGCUUGGUGGUCCCCAAAGGUCGGCAGAAGAAAGAGUUGGAUCCUGCCUAUACAGCUCAUCUCUGGUCUGGGAAUGCUGGUGCUGGGCUCGGUGAUUGAGGACUGGAUGGCGACAACUGGCAAGCCUGGUGGCCCGACCGUCUGGAACUUUACUUGGUGGUGGUUCUUUCUGGUUUUCACUUGCGCCACUCAAGAUAUCGCCGUGGAUGGAUGGGCCUUGACACUUCUCACCCCCGGCAACGUCUCUUAUGCAUCGACUGCGCAGACCGUGGGCUUGACCGCCGGCCAAUUCUUGUCGUACACGGUUUUCCUGGCGUUCAACUCGGCGGAUUUUGCCAACAAAUGGUUCCGAUCUGAACCCCUCGAGUCGGGCCUCUUGAGCCUCGGAGGCUACCUGACGUUCUGGGGCUGGGCUUAUCUCUUUGUCACCCUCGGCCUUGCUCUUCUAAAGCGCGAGGAGAAGACCAAGAAUGAAGACGGCAUCUGGGAUGUCUACAAGAUCAUGUGGGGAGUCCUCAAACUCAAGAAUAUCCAGACCAUCAUCAUUGUCCACCUCAUUGCCAAGAUUGGGUUCCAAGCCAACGACGGUGUCACCAACCUCAAGCUCUUGGACAAGGGAUUUGGCAAGGAGAAUAUGGCCCUGACAGUUCUGAUUGACUUUCCUUUUGAAAUCGGCCUAGGUUACUAUGCCGGCAAGUGGUCGCAAGAGUACACUCCCAUGAAGCUGUGGUGCUGGGGAUUCAUGGGUCGACUGGUUGCCGCUGUGCUCGCCCAGUUCACCGUCAUGAUAUUCCCUGCUGGCGGAGUUACAUCCUGGUACAUGCUCGUCGUCAUUGCCGAGCACAUUUUCUCAACCUUUACCAAUACCGUCAUGUUUGUUGCGGUUUCUGCUUUCCAUGCCCGCGUUGCCGAUCCCGUGAUUGGCGGCACUUACAUGACCCUUCUCGCAACCGUCUCCAACCUGGGAGGAACCUUUCCCAAAUUCUUUGUCCUUCGCCUCGUCGAUUACUUUACCGAGGCUGUCUGCCACCCACCCACGAGUAAAGUCGAUGCCUCCCUCCUAAAGUCCCCCCUCGUCACGGCGCCCUUUUCCUGCGCCAUGCAGGGUGACAAGGAACUGUGCGUCAACGGCGGCGGCUCGUGCGAGCUCACGCGUGACGGUUACUACAUUGUCAACAUUAUUUGCGUCCUGGUCGGCCUCUUUACAUUUACCAUGUACAUUCGGCCCAAGGUCCUGCACUUGCAGAGCUUGCCGUUGCGGGCUUGGAGGUUAGCUGGGGGCAAAUAA